AUGUCAUCGGUGGCCUACUUCUCCUUUACGUGGUUGGAUUCCCGCCUAAAUUGGACAAAUAAUAAUCUGUACAAUAAUGAUAUCCAGGCCAUUUACAGCACAGAGAGUACAGUCUUCACUCCUCCCAUUGUGGUGGAAAAUUCAGUCAGUGAUUUAGGAUUGAUCAGUGAUCUCACUCUACCAAUAGAGAUUCUCAAGACUGGGGACAUUACGUGGACCCCAGGUGACGUCUAUGACACGUCAUGUGACAUCGAUACCACAUACUAUCCAUUUGACGUACAGACGUGUGUCAUCACGCUGACAACUAGAGGUUACUCUAACAACCAGCUAUCUCUGAAACUGGGCAAAGUUCCUAUUGUGCAGACUGCAUACCAAGAGAACGGCGAAUGGACAUUAGUAACAACUUCCUCGUCAACUUCAAUCACAUACCGUGAUUUGGUUCCUUACUCGCAGAUCAACUUUAGCUUUACUUUCAAGCGUCGUAUAGGAUUUCAUCUGAUGAACACAAUUAUCCCGAUGUUUUUGUUGGUUUCCAUGACAUGCUUUGUCUUCAGAAUUCCGGUCGAUGCUGGAGAGAAGCUUGGUUAUUGUUUGACUGUUUUGUUGGCGUUUGCCGUCUACCUGACUCUGGUGUCAGACAACAUUCCGACAACGUCUACACAUACCUCUUAUAUUUCCGUGUACUUGAACGUGAUGCUCAGCCUCGGCAUCUCGUCAGUACUCUUCACGAUUCACAUUUUAACCAUUCACUUCAAGCCAGAAGAGGAAGAAAUCCCUGGGUAUCUUCGCACCUUUGCAAAGUUUACAUGCUGUAAGAGUAAGGACACAAAGGUUUCCGUCAUUGCUGUUUCAGAAAAGGAAAAUGAGGUGAACAAACAAAAUACUGAGAAAGAAAACAGGGAAUUUACUUGGCAGGAGAUAGCCAAGAAAAUAGACGCGCUGUUAUUUUGGAUGUAUGCGUUUAUGUUUGCAUUGUUAAGUCUGGUAUUUGGGAUUAUCAUGACGAUUGGAUCUUAUCAGUGAUGCUGUAGUAUUUGAAAAGUUAUUCAACACAUUUUGUAUC